UAUUUAUGUCUGUGUAGAAUUAUCAUACGUAUGCAAACAGCUGAAGAUGAGCGCAAAAAGGCACUAGAAAAAGAUGAGAAAUUACAACGAGAGAUCAAAGACUUGAGACAACGCUUAGAGCAAACUGAAUCUGAGCUAACGCAGCUUAAAUCCCACAUAUCCACUCUAGAGGCUCAAAUAGAAGCAGACACACUCAUAAAAAAAGAACUGGAAGAUCGUAUUCAAACACUGAAAAGAGAAAAACAAGGACUGAUUGAUAAGGAAAUGAAGGAUCAAGAAGGACUCAAGACACAAUACCAACGACUUAUGAAAGAGAGAUUAAACGAAGAACGCAAGCAAUUUGAAAUCAAACUGAAAGCAAAUCAUAACAAAACACCUAGCAUUAGCUCAACUCGAUCCAGCCUUGACAGCAAUUCAACUCUUCCUACAACUAUCUUGGUUGAACGACUUCAGAGUAACAUUCGACAACUCGAAAACCAAAUAAGCUUCUAUCAAACUCAACUAUCAAGCUCUUCUCAAUCUCGGGAUGAACUGUCUGAAGAAGUCUUGAGCAUGUCACAAGAAAUUGAACAGCUUCGAAAAGAAGUCAAGCGUACUAAAGAUUUAGAGACACAACAUCAACAAUUAGACAGCAGGUAUCAAACCUUGUUGGAAUUGUUGGGUGAGCGUACUGAGCAAGUGGAAGAGUUAAAAGCAGAUCUUCAAGAUGUGAAAGAAAUGUAUAAAAGUCAAAUUAUAGAUCUUGUACAGAAAUUAGAUCAACUACGAAAGAAAUAA